AUGGACAGCGAGCUUCGAACGUGGGACUUGUACGACCUGUCCGGAGCGGUGAAUCCGGACACACCGGAAGCGAUGAAGACCUACUUCCGCCGCUUCCGUGGGCUACGGCAGAAGAGUAUCGAGGGUGUCGGAUACGGCGCGCUUCAGGAGUCGUGGUGUGCCUUCGUCCGGCGCUGGAACCGGAUGACCCAAACUGGAGAAGACUUCGUCGCUUGGCUCGAAAGUCGCGAGGGCACCAUCUCUGAGCACUCACUCAGCGAGCUGCGCCGCCGAAUCUGCGAUCACACAUUCCACGACAAGACUGGCGUGCGCACGUCGCCGAGCGACCACUCGGCGAAGACGAAAAUAUCUUGA